AAAUAAAAUGAAAACAAGAAAAAACCCAAAACCCUUACAAUCGGUGGGCUUCUACUCUGCCGCCUCUCCCCUUCUCCACCGGCGCGCCUUUUCUUCUUCCUCUUCCGCAAUCUAUAUUUCGGGUUGAUCAGGGCGUAUAAAUGGGAGAGGAGAAGAAGAACAGGGAUUUAAUCCCAUCAAUGAUAAAGAACAAGGAAAAGAGGGCAGAAGUUCAUGCCAACCUCAAAAACCAGAAGAAGCUUGAGAAACGCAAGAGGGCCAAGGCUCGUGAUGCUGCUGAGAAGCAAGCUCUUGAACUUGGUGAAGAACCUCCUCCUAGGAAAACUCCUCGCACCAUUGAGAACACCAGGGAGGUUGAUGAGACUGUUUGCAAACCUGAUGAUGAAGAGCUAUUUGCUGGGAAUGAUGCUGAUGAAUUUAGUUCCAUCAUAAAGCGGGACAUUGUGCCAAAAGUUUUAAUUACUACUUGUCGUUUUAAUUCUAGUAUUGGACCUGAUUUUAUAUCGGAGUUGCUUUCAGUGAUACCAAAUGCACAUUACUACAAGAGAGGAACUAAUGAUUUGAAGAAGAUUAUAGAAUAUGCAAAUGCCAGGGACUUCACUUCUUUGAUUGUUGUUCAUACGAGUAGGAGAAAAUUAGAUGGCCUUCUAAUUAUCGGGUUGCCUGAGGGACCUACUGCGCAUUUUAAGAUAUCAAAUGUUGUCUUACGCAAGGAUAUUAAGAAUCAUGGAAAUCCAACCGGCCACGAGCCAGAGCUUGUAUUGACUAACUUCACGACACGCCUUGGUCUUCGUAUUGGAAGAUUAAUACAGACACUAUUCCCUCAAGAUCCUAAUUUUCGUGGUCGGCGAGUAGUAACAUUUCACAAUCAACGUGAUUUCAUAUUCUUCCGGCAUCAUAGAUACAUUUUUGAAGGCAAGGAAAAUAAAAAAGAGGUUGACUCAAAAACUAAAUCCAAGGAUAAGGGUGAGAAAGCUUCUCAGCCAAAAGUAGUUGCACGGCUGCAGGAAUGCGGUCCUCGUUUCACAAUGAAACUGAUCAGUUUACAGCAUGGAACUUUCGAUACAAAAGGCGGGGAAUACGAGUGGGUUCAUAAGCCUGAAAUGGAUACAAGCCGCAGAAGAUUUUUCUUGUGACAUUCUCAUUGGACUUCAUUACUUCUAUUUCCGGGGAGUAAAAGUUCCGCUCAGGUUUAUAUAAAUGUUAGAUCACAUAGAUUGUGGAGGGUGGACUGAUUGGCGAAUCUGAGUCUCUUUUUUGGCCUUCUUUUUUUUGCAUGUUAGAAAGAAGUUACUUGAUUUUCACAAUUCUAAAUUUUGUAGCAUUAACGUUAAGGUUGAGUUGGCUUUAUAGGUACUAUAAAUGUAUCAGAUAUUUGUAACCAUUUGGGAAGUAUUUCUCGUAGCUGAACGCGAAUGAAAAGGCUGUGUAUUCAUUUUGAGAA